CCUCACUCUGGCGCCAGUAAUGAAAAAAGUGGGUAGUGUACCCACUGGCAAGAAUGGGCCAACUGGCCUUGUUGGAAAAAGCAUGCCAAAAGUAGGUUUUACUCUUCCUACUAGCGGUAAAUUACCUACUAUAUCAUCUGUUCCUGCCAAAAGCUAUGCAUCAUCUUCUUAUACGCCUACACGAAACAAUAAAUCGUCAUCAUUUGGCAUAAUAUGGAUACCAGGUAGAAACAGAAAUAAACAUAAAGAAUCGGUGUAUAAGACGUAUCAAAAUAAGCGAGUCGUGGAUCGAGCGCCAUCUAUGUAUAAUUUUAUGUCGGAAGAUUCAUCAAGCCAGUCAUUUUUGAAGAAGAAAGAAGAUGAAUCUGAUCUAUUGGUACCUCAGCAUAGUGGUCACAUUCCAGUAGCCAUUACAGGAGCAGGUGUUAUAGCUGCAUCAGAACAUCCAGAAAUAGUGAACACAAAUCCCGAAGAAAAGCAAGACUUUAUUAAGCGGGACGAUGAAGACAGCAAGGAGGCAGCUGGUGAUACAAAAGAUGACGAUAAUGAUGAUGAUGAUGAUAACGAUAAAAAAUCUGAUAAGGAUUACCUUGAAAAUGAUGAAAGAGAAAAAGAAUCUUCAAAUAAUAAGACAGAAAAGGAAAAAUUAGCAGAUAAUGUUGAUAGUGUGUUCCUAAGGUCUCUACCGCCUCAUAAAACCAGGUCGACUGCUUCCACCGUUGAGGAUGAAGAGUGUGGCAUUAAAUGCCUUUAUUAUACUUUGCAGUGUUGCGAUUGCGUUCUCAUGUAAGCUGCCAUUUCAU